GGCACAAGAGCAACUCUCGUCCAAUCACAGACGUCGUCACUGCGCCGUGGCCCAGCGCUUUGUUACAUCCGGUCGUAUAUAUGUUGCCACGAGUUAGCGGUGAGUUCGGAGUGUCCAUUUUGAGCAGCAGGUCGCGUCGCUGGUUUUUCCUCUGAAAUCUCUGGACGAGUCCACGUCACAAUGUCAGACACUGAGAACCUGCUGAUGGAGACCUCGGAGCAGAACGGUAACGAGGGGGAGGAGGAGCAGAACGGAGCUGAGCAGGAGCAGGAACAGGAGCAGGAGCAGGAGCUGAUGGGUGGCGGCGAGUCCCAGGACUCCCAGGAUUCCCAGGACAACGGCGGAGAUGGCGGCAAGAUUGACGCCAGCAAAGGAGAGGAGGACGCUGGUAAGAUGUUCGUCGGAGGCCUCAGCUGGGACACGAGUAAAAAGGACCUGAAGGAUUACUUCAGUAAGUUCGGAGAGGUGUCAGACUGCACCAUCAAGAUGGACUCCGCAUCCGGACGAUCCCGAGGCUUUGGCUUCGUUCUCUUCAAGGACCCAGCAAGCGUCGACCAGGUGCUGGAGCAGAAGGAACACCGACUGGACGGACGUCAAAUCGACCCCAAGAGGGCGAUGGCCAUGAAGAAAGAGCCCGUCAAGAUCUUUGUUGGGGGUUUGAACCCUGAGACGACGGAGGAGGCCAUCAGAGAAUACUUCGGGGCCUUCGGGGAGAUCGAAACCAUCGAACUUCCCAUCGACCCCAAAUCGAAGAAGAGGAGGGGUUUUAUCUUCAUCACAUACAAAGAAGAAGCCUGCGUCCACAAGUGUCUGCAAAAGAAGUUCCAUAACAUCCAGGGAGGACGGUGUGAGCUGAAGAUCGCUCAGCCGAAGGAGGUUUACCAGCAGCAGCAGUACGGAGCUGGACGUGGAGGUGGAGGUGGAGGAGGAUACGGAGGCCGGGGACGAGGCCGUGGAGGUGAGGGUCAGAACCAGGGCUGGAACCAGGGAUAUGGAAACUACUGGAACCAGGGAUAUGGAAACCAGGGAUAUGGCUACAGUGGAUACAGUGGCUAUGACUACUCUCCUGGUUAUUAUGGAUACGGCGGCGGAUACGAUUAUGAUCAGGGCUCUGCCAGCUAUGGGAAGACUCCCAGACGGGGGGCGCACCAGGCGGGCUUCAAGCCCUACUGAUGACAUCACAAGGACUCCAGCGCCUCAGUGAGACCGACUGACGAACGGACGCUGAGCCGAACUCAACUCUUUUGACAGACGACCAUUUGUACAGAAAACAUCUGAAAUGUAACUUCAUGUUUUUCCCCUUUUUUUUUAUCCUAUAAUUUUUAGGUUUUUCUUUUCCCCUCAACAUUUCCUCCGAUGGAAGUGUAAUUUUUACUGUACUUUUUGGUACCUGUUUUGAUUCUAAUGUAUUGUAAGGGUUGUAUUUUACAUGUUUGUUGACUUUACAGGUUGAACACUCUGCCGCUGUAAAGGAGCUUUUUUUGACAAAUAAAAACAGUUUUCAGUAUUUUUUUCCUGAUGAUUCGAAGUUCUGGUGGAAACGUUGAAAAGGAUUAGAAUUCAAAUUUAAGAUAUGUUUUGUUUUGUAGCAACACAACCCAAUGAUCCAGGCUCGGACUGGGCCGGCCCAGUUGUCCCCUCCAGUGCAGCCAGAGCCCUUCUGUGGGCCGAUGGGCAGCCCACCACCAGGUGGAGUGACCCGUCUGAUGGUGGGCCGCUCCAACUGGUCUGACUGGGCCCACAUGGUCCCAGAUAGGCCUCCUGUACUGUUUGAGCAGGUGAACUGUGGUAAAAUCAUAGAUUCAGAUUCAAAAAUAACAAAUGAGACGUUAAGACAAGUACGGCCUCCGUCCAAUCAGACUCGAGGUCACGAUGAGCUGCAGCAUCACGUCAUCAGAUCUGUGGUCCGACGAGAGGAGACAAUGAUGAACAGUCGAGAACCCGGUGAAAAGUUUGUUGUGCUGUUCGUUCAGACGUAGAUCGUGCAGAAGUUCAUUUCGUUUGGAUGAAAGUGUUUCUGCAGCUCAUUGUGUACUCUCCUCUGAUUGGACGGAGGCUGUGCUUGUGAUUUAAUGUUUGUUAGUUAAUGAUCUGGGAAGUGAAUCUGUGAAUAUCUUUAUUUUUCCAACGUUACGUCUGUGGACCACGGUUCCUAGAACAGCGACGCUGCCGACGUCAUGUAUCCAACCUGUUAAAUCCUGAUGGUUCACUGAUGACGCUGGGCAGGUCCGGUCCAGACUACCCUGCCGGGGCUGAAUUUAGUUCCCAGUCCGACCCUGCGAUGAUCUGUGAUGAUGAAGAAUGUUUCUGUUGAGUCGUGUAUCAUGAGUGAAUUUAUACCAGUUACAUUUCUGGAGGAAGAAACUUCUGGAAAUGUGCAGAUGUGGACGAAGACUCGACCACAUGUCGGUCAACAAAUUGUUAGUUUCUCUUUUGGUUCAGUUUGUUUGUCGUGUCUUGGUUUUAGAAAAAUCCCUGAGUCGCCUCCGCUAGUGUCUGAACAUUUAUUAGUAAUAAACAUUCUUGUUUGUAAA